AUGGGAAUGUCAGUACAAAAGAAAUUCCUUUGUGGAUUCGCCUCGUUUGUACUGUUUAUUGGCCUCGUUGGGUUUUUCAUUGGUUUUUUCGCACGUCCAAGUAGCGACAGCGAGAGUUGCUCUGGUGGGAAAAACGGAAAUGAAGAAACAUCCGGGAUGUUAGGCUACGAAAAAGAAGUGUUAAGCCAAGUUUUGGAGCAAAGGAUUCGCUAUUAUCUAGAGUGAGUAUCUUUUUAUACAAACAUGUUAAAUACGACCAUUUAAGGGUACGAUGGUUUAUUCACGUCACGGUUGAGCCAAUUUUAACACGGAACGCAACAGCCAUUAUUAUCUUGCAAAUGAUCUGUGUAUAAAUUGGUGAAAUGAGAAAGUCACUAAGGUAAAUAAUUGAUACCAUUCCAGUUAAGAAUUUACUUCUAUGUAGUUCAAAACCUCUCUUUUGAAAAUCGAAAUUCUAGGGAAAAAAAUAACUGACCCGUUUCUACAGAAAAGUGUUUUCACAGACGCUGCCUAUUAACGCUGAAGGAACCGCGAUAAUUUUUUUAAAUUUAGAUUCGUGGAUGACAAACAGUAUAAGUGAGUGAGUGAUCAUUGAUGCCCAAGCGAGCAUAUUGUAAUGAUUUGAUACUGUUUUUGUACUUUUUUUCAAUUUCAAUACAAACACAGAAAGUGCGCAAAAAAGGGGUAUCAGUUUAAAAAAGCAACUUCUAGCAAUCUCAUUCUUGGUCUGAAGAAGCUCUCUUCAAAAAAAGAGGUUUGGAGCUGGUAGCGCACUAAUCUCACCUACGCCACCUUUUCGUGCACUCAAUUAACAUCUUCAUGCAUAGUUAUAUUUUAACAAGAAACUUGACAUAUAAAUGAUUAAAGUAGAGCGAUCAUACACAAGACCAAUAAAGAAAUAAUUCGAGCUGGAAGUCUUUACUCUAGUCUUUUAUCCGUUUAACGUGUUCAGUUUCAAAGACAAUGUGCGCGCAAUUGAUGCUCCCAGAUCAUUGAUUAAUUCUUUAUUUCUUUCUGACGACAAACUGUUGAUGUUUUCAGCUUGCCCUCGCCUCGUGUUUUUACUGCGCCAUUGUUGGCGCGUCUCACCAAAUUGCCCUUACAUUGACAAACAUGAGAUACAUCUUGCCAAAGCAUCUGCGCAUCUGAGAUUCUAUUUAAGUCUUCAAAUUUUUAUCUUUUUCAAUUUAAAUAGAUUGAUUGCGACAAUAAAUUAAAAAGUGUCUGGACUUUUUUGCUUGACAAGAGUCCGGUUUAAGGGAGUCGUUUUUAAGUGAUUGUCUAUUAAUUUACCGCGAACCUAAAAAGAAAGUUCUAACAUGGAUUUGUAGUAAUUGAACUUGUAUGUGGACAUCACAGCAGGUUACUGUUUAAUCUUAACUACACGGAAAACAAAAUGGUCCAAAAACUGGCAAUUUUGAACCAUCUGUCAGCUUUCGUAACAUCAAAGGAACCGUCUUUUUGCAGACCGCUGUAGAUAAAUCAACCUUCUGACUAUCUAGGGGUUAGCAUAAUGAUAUGACUGUUUUAAGAAAUAGCGUUGUUCAUGAACAUCGUGCAUUAAAGCCUUGAGAAUGGGGCACGUUGGUUCAUUAUGAAUAGGAAUGAGAUAUCUUUAUUUCUUCUUUUAUCAGCGGUUUUGAAAGGGCCUGAAUAAAAACCAGCUAAAAAUGGAUCGAACAUUAAUAGUAAGACCCUACCACGGUUUUUUAAACUUUUGACAUGCACAAGUUAGGGAAAAUCCAUAGACACUACUGGAAAGAGAACCUUAAAAUUUCUAAAAUUAGCAAGUUUGAAAGUGAUUUGUGGAAAACUAACGAGGAUGUAGCAUCUCAAGUCGCAAAAAGUUUGACAGACGUUUGUUUGAUUGGGGACACAAUCUAAUUGCCGCCCACCAUACAAACGUCUGCAUCUUCACUAGCUUAAGACGUAUCACUUUAAUUUAAAUUUUGGCAGUUUUUCUAAUUUCAAGGCGCUCUUUUCAGUGGUGUCAAAGGAUUUUCUCUAACUGGUCCAUGUUAAAAGUUGAAAAAACUGUGGGGGGACCAUUAAUUGCUUCUCCUCAGACUUUAAAUUAUCAUAAGAAUGUUUUCUUUUUUGUCAAAUGCGCGUCAGACGCAAGUAUAGUAAAGAAACUAGCAGCAACAAUUAGUGCUUUAUAAAACUGUAAUUAAAUUCGAACCUCCAUGUGCGAUCACCUCUCGUAAGUGAGUUGGAUCCUUUCAUAAACGAUCACCUCCUGAAAGCGAUCGCUACCACUUUGGGGGUGGGGGUAGAGGCUGACGGCUUUAUAAAUUUCUAUUGUGUUUAGCCUCUUGUCUGUUGUAUUUUAGCGACCACUAACAGGCAUGGUCGGAUAUCUAUUUUCGCUGUAUGCACUAUCCUGCUCACAGGAUAGGAGGAAAUUUCAUUUACAUCAAAGAACUACACAUAUCGUAACUUAAAGUAGGUUGAGUCCGAGCCUGUUCUCGGGAGAGAUUCCUCUUGUUCUAUUCCCGUAAGCGACCACCUCCGCAUUUUGGGCGCCUCCUUACAAGAAGUUUGACUGUAUUCCGCCAGAGUUUGAUCGGCGUGAGUUCUGCCUAUAUUUCGGAAGAACGUAGGACUAAUGGCCUUUGAAGUUUACAAAAGAAUAUUAGGACAGACCUGGAAGAAGAACGUCUUGAUCAUCGAAACUUAACCACAAAAAUCUUUUUUUACUGCAGUUGAGAUGUAAAUGUACGCUAUGGUAGUAUGCUUAAGUUCUUUUUAAUAUUCUUUACAAGUAGAAAAUAUGCACCGCAUUCAGCAAGGGCAAUUUACUCUCAAAUGUCUUUGAUGAUAAAAAAUCGAAACCAUCAAAAGACGACUGACAACCAGGGAAAAGGAGUUUUGUGGCAGUGAGGGUUAAUGGGAUCUUGCAAAGAGAAUUUAUUUAAUAACAAAACGGUCGACAGUGUCCUGGGACUUUAAUACCGGGGGAAUACAAGUUUCUUUACACACCAUUCCGCCGGCCCUUUUAGGGCCUGUUUACAGGAGGUGGGGGACCCCAGGUAGGUGAGGUAACCCGCCCGUACUUAUAAUCUCUCAAUUUAAUUUGAUCGCGUUUACAUGAUAGGUUGGGUGAUCACUAUCAUUUCCAGGCUCACCACAAUUUCUGUAAUAGGUAAUCAUAAACAUCAGUGGACAUAUUUUUUCUUAAUUGCAGAAAGUUUCCCCUCAAAGUGAAGAAGAAUUAGUGUUGUAUAAGUAAUAUUUCCCUGUUCCUUUUUCUCAAUUGCCAGCUAUUUUAAAAACCUGUCAAUCGCUACUGGAACAAAUAGUAGUUGCAGCCAAGCCCAGCACAUCAAGAACAAAUGGAAUUCCUUGGGCCUCAACACUGUAGAGAUAAAGCGCUAUGACGUCUUACGUAUGUAUCCCAAGAGGCCUAGCGAAGUAUCACUGGUUGAUACAACCGGAAGUAUCAUAUAUUCUUCAGCCUUGAUACAGAAGAACAAAGCUUCCAUAUAUGGUGUUGCAACGAACACUUUACCCUUCAGUGCAUAUUCUACUUCCGGUAUAGCAACUGGCAAACUGAUUUACGUUAAUUAUGGAAGGGAGAAAGACUUCAAACAUUUGCAAGCUUUAAACAUUUCUUGUGUGGGAAAAAUUGUUCUUCUUAGAUAUGGCAAGGUCCUUGAGGACACCAAGGUAUUCUUUGUAUCACAUAGUUUAGGGUAUAGUUGUUAACAUUCACAAGACAGAGAAAAAAAGACAUUAAAAUAAUACCAUACCACGGGGGCACCUAAUGAAUCUGUUCCUCAAAAUAUCUGUUCUUCAGGCCAAUUUUUGCUGGCUGGGAGAUUUAGAGAAAAUGAUAUGUCCUUUGCAGGAAAGUUUUACUGGGAAAGGGGCCAUUUAGGGUGUCCAAGGGGAUUAAUUUUGGCCUAUGACCACACCAAAACUGACUGGUAAUGUCUGGACAUACGUCUGCUGGACGGUACUUACUUCCCGGUAAGUCAGGUUGCAGGUUUUAUCGUUGUAGGUGCACCUUGCUGGCUGGGAACUCUUCCAUCAGUCUUGGUGGGAGUGAGGAACAGAUAAAUUUUUCCCAGCAAUCUCCCAAAAUGCUUAAAAUCGCUUCAGAAAGCUUUACUCAUGCUUUGUUGUUGUUUUUAGGUAUUUUUCUCAAAAUUUCCCGUUGGGAGCCCCUGGACCAUACCACUACCUCAAGGCUUAUUUUAUCUCGUUCCACCAUUUUCCUAUCCAUUACAAACUAAGUAAACCCCUUUGUUACUUAUCUGCAACUUCCUGCUCAAUUUUCUUCCAUUGUUUGAACUACUUCCCUCACACGCAUGAAGGUUCCGCCAUCCUUUUCUUCGAUUCCAUAUUAAAAAUUCUUUUAUGAGGUAGAAGGCAAAAAUGAAAUUUAAAAAAACAUGAAAUUAAGAUUGUACUUGAAGGGAACAGCCAUCUAAAACUUUUAGCAGUCAAGUAAAUUCUAGACAAUAUAUGCCUUGCCAAACACUAGAUGCUUUUUGGCGGUGCCCCUGUUCAACUUCAGUCAACAAAAUCUUUCACCCUUUGACUAAAAGGUUGCAAAUGCUUUAAAGUGGAAUGUCAGUGGAGUCUUGUUAUACUUGGAUCCUGAUGAAUAUACAAGUAACACAACCGAUGUUAAUGCAGUCAAGUGGUAUCCCAGCGAGACAGUGCGUAGCGGAGCUUUAUGGGCAAUACCUGGUUACCCAGCCACAGGUGCGUAGAAGAAAAUUAUCAACCAUAUAUUGCUUGCUAGUUUUCACGGUCAUGGCAUCAAAAAUCAAACGCAAAACGGUCUAGCAGAUAAAGCCUGGAAUGUAGGAAAUGAAAGGAGCUAAAUAUACCCAAAGGCCCUCGCCAAGAUUCAGGUCGGUGCAAUUUUUCAUAUGCAAGAUAUUAGGAGAAAUGAACUUACCAAAUUUAUAUAGCUUUGUAUCAAGACGCCAUGUUAGUGUCCAUAAAAGCGGCACCAACAUGGCGACUGGAAACCAACCGAAACACCUGUCAUUGAACAUGAGUAUUGGUUAUAAAAGCGUGAGUUCAUCCCUGCUGAGAACUCAUAAACAUAAAAGUAGUAUUUUUUCUUAAAACAGAUAUGUUCAGAUCGCAAAAUCCCCCAAACUAAGACAAAUUUUAACAAAGUUGACAGCUCUCUCGGCCGCCAUCUAAAUGCUGAGCGUCAUGCAAAUUCUAACGAACUCUAUCAAAAAAUGCAGAAUAGUUUCGAUGGUAAACGUUCCCAAGCUAGCUUCUCUAAUAGUUCAUAAAAGUAAAAACUCAUGAGGAACGAUAAAUCUUUGGUUUGAAUUUAGAUGACGUCAGGUCAAAACCCACUGAAGACGGAGACCUCAGUGGCUGUCAUUUAGAUUGCACUGAGGUGUCCUGACUUAGCGGAAAAUGAAGACAAGCGACUAAAAAAAUAUAUUCACCACAUUUUUGGGAUUAUGCAUCCGUCUUUUUUAGCGAUUUAUCUAGAGAAAAUUAAAUGUUAUUCAAAUAAAUGUUUAUUUUUGUAGCUGGAAUAUUAAGAGAAUCAGUUGAGGAUGUUUUACGGUUCCAGAUUCCAGUACAGCCGAUAUCAUGUCAGGAGGCAGAAAAGCUUUUAAGGUAGCUCUCAGUGUACGCUUUAGCAAUGUAUUUUGCGCACCAAAGAUAGCCAUUUAUUUAGGUAUUUCGUGAUCAGACAUGAAGGACUCGGAGAACUCGGAUCCCAGAGAAAAAGCCUCAUCAUCCAUAUUACUGAUAUCUUAGUCAGUUGCUCCUCAGUGUUUUGUCAACAACUUCUAUGUGUAUUCAUUCGUUUAUUCAUUUUUCACGCGUUAUGUCGUUUUAAGACAUCACUCUUAAUUUUGAAGUGAAUGCAUGUGUAAUCAAAUGGUGACGAGUGCCUAAUAUCACUCCUCACAAUUUGAUUACCUCUUAUUGGAGCGUUUUCACCCACGUGGUAAAGCAUCUAAGCUAAUUUAUUGGAACAAAAGAAAGCAUUUACAUGAGAAAAGAGUUCAACUCUUUAAGGAUUUUCUUGGUACACCAAUAUUUGGCUCCGUGACGUCAUGCGAAAACGUUCUCAAAUUGAUUAUCGAUCGAGAACUCCACACACUGAAAAACUUUAGAGCUUAAAUUUUUGGCUUAAGUUCAUAAUUUUCAGAGUUUUUAGGCAAAAUACCUAAUAGAACCCUUCUUGAUGUACUUUCUCGUGUGUUUAGUUUCUAAAGCGUCUUUUAAUUCCCUGACAGCUUCAUUUAUAACAUUUUAAAACUUUGCCGCCAUCUCAUGACAUUGAUUCGUACGGAACGUUGCCAUGGUAAUUUCGCAAUUUGACAUGUGAAAUUAUAAAUUAACGCUGAAAUUAAGGAGUAGUUUGUCACCCAUAAUAUUGAGCCAUUUAUAUCAACGCUUGACUUUGCUGACAAGAUAAGCGGUAUUUUCAUUGUAGACUUUUGAACCACACGGCGGUGCCAGAAGCUUGGCAAGGUGGAAUGAACUUUUCAUAUGGAAUACAAAUGGAUUCCAGUGAUAAAAGGUAAUCAUAAGAGAGACUGUUUUUGUUGCGUCAGUUGAUUUUAUUGUAAUUGUAAUAAACCGCCUUGUGUAGGAUUGUGCAUUUUGAAAGUAUGCUCGUCCAUGAUUCUUGAGGAAUUGAUUUACAGCCUUGCUUAUUCUUCAGUUAAAAAAAAUGCCUUAACUAUUAAUUACUUUUUCCGUUUAUACCUUUUGUGUUCUUUUACGAUAAAAGCUAUUGUCAUUCGAAGCAAAUAUUUAUUUCUUUUCAUUGGCCGAGAGCCCACCACGUGACGUGCAAAUAACUGCCUACAAAUAAUGGUCUGCUCAUGCGCAAUGCCGUCCAACUGUGUUUGGCUGCAAAUAAUAUUCUGCACAUGCGUGAAGGAAACCGUACUUUUCUCGGCUAUCGCUCUUGCGUAAAAAUGGCAGAUCAUUUCGCUUCCCGAGGAUUAGAACUCGGUUAUAGCAAAACACAAGAGAGGAUAAAGGGGACAGAGAAGGCAUCCUCCGUACACACCCUAUUCCACAGGUAAUUCGUCUCGAGUUAUUUUUAAGACCACAGAUCCCAAGGGGGGAUUGGACAAAAGCCAAUCACAUAGCGCAAAUGUGUUCCGCGUGGAUGACCCACGCUCAGAGCCACGCGUCCUUCACGAAUUGAGGCAGAAAAAAAUGACGGAAGACGCGGAGAGCGAUAUUGCUAUUCGUUUUGUCGACGAAAACGAGAGAUUUCUUCUAAAGCUGUGUCAGCGAAACGAAAAUUAAAAAAGAAUCCUCCUCUCUUGCAUAGAGCUAACAGUGCAGCAGGGAAAUCCUUAACACACUGAAUAUUCUCUCAGGAUCAUUUAUAAUUUACAGUUUGAAGAGAGCAAUUUCUGGUUUGAUAUUUAUUCUUUCAUUAGUCUUUUAUUAUUCAACAAAAAUAACACUUGACGUCCUAUAAUAAUAAUGACAAUUUAAUCAGGGGCGGAUCUAGGGGGAGGGUGCAGGGGGUACACAGCCCCCCCCUGAUAUGACCUGCGGUUUUCUAAUACAACUGGUAUUCUGCCAAAAAAAAAACAAUGUGGUUUAUCAGGGGCACCCAACGAGAAUAUAGUUCAAAACCACUUAAACAAAGCAUUGUUAAACGUAUUUUAGUAUUUAAACGGUAGAUAUAGGCAUAUUUUUAUCCCCUGAAAAUUUUUCAUCUGUUCGGAUUUCCUAGCUGAAAGUCUAGUGAUCCGAAAAUUAUAGGGAUCAAAAAAGCUUCAAAACUUACCUUUCGAAAAUUUCAGCCAGAAAAAAGGCUCCCGAAAAUUCUAGGUGAUUUUUUAACGGGUAAAAAUCCGUUAAAAAUGGGCAAUUAUGUCAUUUUUUAGAUGUUCGAAAAUCCUAGGAGAGGCAGGCAAGCAAGAAACUCUACAACCAAUGUUUCGAAAAUUCUAGAUCUCAAAUCGUCUUCCGAACAGAUAUUUUCCGAAAAUUGUAGUUGGGUGCCCCUGUUUAUUAGUGUUGAAGUAGAGCAAGAGACAAGUGCACCCCCUCCUAAAAAAAAUCCUGUAUCCGCCCCUGAAUUUAAUAACUUCUAGAGCGCUAUUUACAUUCACUGAUCAACAGCGCUUAACAACUUAAAAAACUACAAUAAAAUUCAAAUUUGUAAAACUAAUUACAUGUACAUGAAUAUUACUUGCUACUUGCUUUAUUGAACAAACGACCGGUUUCAAUAGACUGGCGAAAUUUCUCAUUUUGUUAAAGCACUGAGGUUACGACAACUUCGAGUUAAACUGAUUUCACAGGUUGUCAAAGAGUCCAGCGAUUCCCCUUUUCCCAGAUGAGCGCCGACUCAUUUCGUUUCAAUAUUCAGAAAUGCUCUCGAUCUCUUUAUGCUUUCAUUGCCCUUCGCCCGACAUGUUUUGCACGGCGUUUAGUCAUGCGAAACCUCCACGAAACAUCCACGCAGCGCGCGAGGUAACUUUAUCCCGAUUCUAAAAAUAACUCGAGACGAAUUACCUAUGGAAUAGGAUGUAUAUGGGGGAUGCCUUCUCUGUCCCCUUUAUCAUCUCUUGCAAAACAUCGUGAUUUGUCAAAGUCUUGCAGAUCAAUUAUUUGCCUCAGCCUCCGGCUUCGACAAAUAAUUGAUCUGCUCGCCACGGACAAAUCACGAUAUUUUGCUCAACCUUGCCCCAUAAUUGUUAAUUAUCUUAAGUCAUCUCAAGUAGUCCCAGAGAGGAGCUUUAUAAACUAGCAUCUCAAUGUAUUGUGAAGCUGUAGUGGAAAACUCAGAUGGAGAAACUUCUGAACACACUCAAGGGGCUUAAAAACAACCAUCUGGGAUUAGGAAGGCCUCUCUGAGAGGGCGCUCUGAAUUUUCCUCCCGAAUAUUUUACAAUUUUAAAUUUCAUUUUCUUUUUCACUGCAAGCCCCAUUUCUCCUGGCACUCUGUUUACAUAAGGUGAUACUAUACCCUCAAUAGAUUUCUAGCGUUUAUUGUAAACUAAUAUAUAUACUGAUUGGCAGAGACCAUGCACCUUGAUGAUGGUUUUAUCGGCUUUCUUUUUUCGGCAACUUAUUUUCAAAAAACGUCACUCUUACUAAAUACCGUCGGUUGACAGUAAUAGGGGUUUUAAGCUCGAUGUGUUACCUUGCUGAUUAAUUUUGAACUAAACCCUAUCUUUUUAUCCAAUAUGUUUUAUAAAGAAACGUUACCAUGAACGUAAGUCUUGCUGUAUUCAAGGAAGCGGUUUGCAAUGUGGUGGGAACCAUCAAAGGACUCACAGAACCAGGUGAGAGAAUAAUUAGUUGUUACUGACUUCACCAAAAUAAUUUUUAUUAAUGUACUACUUAAAAUUGAAGAUAUACGCGGGCUUUCGUAAUACUUCAAAAGAUACUAAAAGAAGGCUGAUUUUAACUGUGAUUUAUAAUGACAGAUCGUUAUGUUACGCUGGGUGCUUCAAGUUUGUCUGUUGGUGCUGCUCUCCUUAUGGAGGUUGUCCGAGUGUUAAUGUCCAUUAAAAAGAAAGGUACGUCCUUAUCACAUGUUAAACUGUGCUGUGCUGUGCUGUGCGUUUGUAAUACCCUCUAAUUCAGGUUAUAACAAACGCACUGACCAACUUUUAGCUGGUACAGAACCGAAAUUUGAUGGUUGAGGCAACUAUGGACUUGUUCGUCUUAUGCAAUGAAAUGCAUAUUCAAAAGCGUAAGACGAAAUCAUAGGCCCAGGUUGCAUGAGCCGGGUAGGGCCCUUUUGCGGACUGGCUCACUUUGUCAAAGUCGUGCCAAGUCAAUGAAAACGCAACAAAAAUCAACUUGGUAAUAACCAGACAACUAAGUCAGCCCGGCAGGUGGGAUCUCGGUAUAAAGAUAGCUAGUGUUAUACCGGGAUAAAAGCCGCCUGGGCAAACAAGGUCCCGCUCAUGUAAUCAUGAAAGGGCCCUCAGUGCUUUCAUUUUCGAAAUCGAACUUUGUGGUUAAUCUCUGUCAGUUACCUUCCUUUCGUAUGCAACUCCAUCUAAGACACAUCUUUGGAUUUGUCGUAUAAUUUUUUUAGGAUGGAUGCCUCGGAGAACGAUAAAAAUCUGUCACUGGGGAUCAGGAUAUAUUGGAUCUUUGGAAUGGACCGAGGUAUACAGCGUUACCGCUCAUCAUCAUCAUCAUCAUCAUCAUCAUUAUUAUUUAUUAUUCUGUAAUGAGAGGCCACUCUAUCCUUUUGCCUGCAGGGCACUGUCUCUGUCAGUCGACUCCAAGAAUGUGCUUUUUUUUCUGCUGAGUAACAAAAACGUUUCGGAUCAAGCCUUACACAACGGCUUUUUGUAUCUUCGAGCCUAACUCGCCGAGAAUAUUUCUAAGUUCUUAAAAACAUUACGCUGUAUCCCCUAGUAGACUUUCUUCAUUACAUUCGCCUGUUUGCCGGCAAGUUUUAGAGUAGUCCGGAAUAGAUGUGUUUUCCUUACACGAUAGAUGAGCAAUAUUUGAGUGGCGUACUUCCGUUCAUUUUUAGUCAGAAAUUCGGCUAUUCGCUCUUUACGUGAGUUCACUUAUGCCAAAACAUCUAGGCUGCGGCGCUGCUGCCCCGAGACGAGAUUGCGAUGAUAUAUUGGGGCGGCUAUUAGGGCAAUUUACCAUCAUGAUGAUGGUACUUUGCUCCCAUCGUCCAAAUUUGGUCAUGGCAUAAGCUACUUACAAAGAGUUACCCGUGUCCUUGAAGCCAAUCAUUAACAACGAAAUAUUGGAAUGAAUUAUAUUAUCCAUUAUGUUCCUCCACUAUAUUGCUGUUUUAUUUUAUGUUGCGAUUAGGAAAACAAACUAAAUAUUCUUCAUUUUUUCGGAUACUGUUAUUAUCUUGAUAUUAACACCGCCCCCCCCCCCCCCCCCCCCCCCACGCGCGCCAAACAAGCGGAUAGUUUAGAUCUACCGUUCAUUUUAAUUAGUACAUUUCUCACUGGCCAGCACAUUAAACCUAAGACCCUUUGGAUUUAAUCGUCUAAUUGAAUGUAAUUAUGUAAAAUCUAUUUCUAUUUUAGGAAUACUAUAAGCUGCUUCAAUUUCGCUCUGUUGCCUACUUGAACGUGGACAGUGGUAUUCAAGGUACUCCUUAUUUUAUUAGCUUCCCUUAGGGUUUUUGAUACCUUUCAUCUUCUUGGUUUACUUGUUUGUCUACGGUUUUCGUAAAUUGCAGAAUUGUAGCUCCCCGAUCUCCGUAGUUCUGUAUAAGAAGAUUUCGCUCCUCUUCAACUUCCACCUUUCCAUAAGGGCAAACAACCAAAUGAAUUUCACCUCUUCAUAAUGCAUUCCGUACACUGAGCAUAGAUGGCACAUGGACCAUAUCGGUGAAUUUCAAGUCAAAGGUAGACCAACGUACGAUUAGGCCUGUUUAUAAUGCAAAAGAAAGCAACGCUUAGACUAAUAUAGGAUCGCGAAUGAGUUCUGUAUUGACAUGCAUACCUUAAGAUGCCGAGAGGUUACCCGACUUAUUGCUUUUUUCUUUCUGUAGGAAACGUCGCCCGUCCGAUGAUAAGAUCAAGUCCCCUAUUAGAAGAAACAACUUUUGAAGUCGCAAAAAUGGUAAGCUUACUGUAAUCAUAAUUCGCAGAUCGUUGACGGCAAGGUCCUGACAACUCAAAAUCAUGAUUUAUAGAAACUAGGAAAAUUUAAGCCAAUUGUACACUCUCUGGUUCUUUUCUUUCAUGUCAGCCAGUUUUGAGGACAUGCUAGCUUUAGUCAGUUAAAUGAUACUUAUUUGACUUGUUUUGAAGGUCAGACUGUCAGAAGGUCAAAGGACGUUGUAUGACGAAAUCAAGAAGACAAAAUUCGAUAAAAGGUUUGUUCUUUUUAUGUUGUAAUGUUCAUAAAAUGAAUACCGGCUACUCAGCACCUGGCAUGGAGAAUCCUGGCCUGACAAACUCUCUAGAGAGCAGGUGGGAGAAAUUAAGGUAAAAAAAUUAUUAUUGGGGAGGGGCUGAACCAAGAACCAGUAUAUUAGGGAUAUUUAAUUUUCAAGUGGAGAUUUUGGAUAGUAGGAUAGUUCUGGAAGACUGAUUGUACUUGCUGGCUCUUGUUCAGUGAUUCUUCGCAGCUGGAGGGCAAAUGAUGCUUGUUUUUCCUCGGCCCUCUUUUUUCCUUCUCGAUUAAUGUUAUAGUUUUCUGUCCUUCUCUCUUCUUUUCCUCAGUAAUACCGUUUUUCCUUCUCAGUAUUAUGGCUUUACCCCCUGCCCCUCAAUGUAUUGUUUUUCACUUUCUUCUGUCUCCUCACCCUCCUCCAACUCAUUUCUUUACAAUUUUAAAAUCAAUGCACAAGAAGAAUUUUUGCUAAACUAGGUAAAAAAGGAUGUUCAUGAAAUUUAUUAGUAACAUACUCGGAAAAGAUGAAUAUAUGGAUUUCAUGUAUUCGUCUUUUUACAUCAAUUUGAAGAAAGCCAGCUGUCCUACCCUAUAACUACAAGGGAGGCCCUUUCAUUUUCACUUGAUAACUAUUAUUGUUCAUAGUAAACUAUACUUUACCAAGCUGCAUUAUAAAGGCCCAAGUUAAGUUAUUGAUCUGAACUAAUCAAUUGUAGCAAGGAAAUGAUUAAACUCUUUUGCUCAAAAACUGUCCGAUUUUUUUCUACACACCUUCAUUGAGCCCUAAGGAGGGCCAAAACAGAGUGAAGAUGAUUUAGCUUCAGACAGUUUUGCCGAAUAUAAAAGAUUUAUAAUCUAAAUAGUACAAAUGUGCUUCCUCACAGACUGAAAAAGUAUCAGUUAGCAUGUUACUCACAGCUUUUUGCCUAAAUUUAUAAUAGCUAGCCGUCAUUUGGUUUUGUUUUGCAGCUUUUUGUCUCAGGCUGGGGGUGACAGUGGCUGUUUCACGUUUACUAAGAUUGGUGUACCAUGCAACUGCCUAACUGGCUACCACCCUUACAAUGUAAGUUCAACUUCUGUAUUCAGUGGAAACAAAUGGAAACACGAACUAAGAACUGACCCAUCUCUAGUCUAUUAUCGUGCAUUUACUUAUGAACACAUUUUGUGAAUGCACCUUGAAAAAAAUGCAGGCACAUUUCCAGUACAACUCAGUUUUACUAUGAUGUAUUCUUCGAAAAAUUAAAUAAUAAGUUGCAGAGACCAACAUUGACUCUUAGACUAAAUGCUGAAACCUCAUAGUAUGUUUAAAGCAUUUGGCAGGGACUAAAUUUUUUGUUGAUAGUGGGUUAGUUAUAGAACGAAACAGUAUGAAAAUUUGGAGAGAGCUGGACCAGUUGAUGUUCCCAUUGCUUCAGGCCUAGGUGUGAAGCGAGUUAGCGAGUUCCUUCUGACAAAGUUAGGUUUUCUUCUGGUUUACAUGUACCUUGUGCAAAUGUCACCUUUCUUUCCUGCCUCAAAAAGAUAGUCACUCGGGAAAAAAUCAGCAACAACAAGAAACCUCUGCAUGACCCUCAACAAGAGCGAAGGAAGAGAGAAAAAACCUGAGAGCAAUGGUCUGUUUUAUAAGUUAGAGCGAUUUCAAACUUAUCUUCAUCCCUAGCCUGUUAUUUUAUUACGAUACCAUUCUAAAUUGGCAAAAAUAUGUUGAACUCAAUUCGAUUGCAUGACCGAAAAUUACUUUGAAAAUGGUGAACUAAACUGCUCUACAGCAUAAAUUGAAAUACUAUCUUUACAUAGCAUAUUUCUGUUCUGCAUUACGUCAUAAAAGUUACCGUACACUUUGUUUAUGUUGCGUCGAUCGCCUCGAGAUUCAUUCUGCCUUGGAACUUUCACUCACGGCUUUGUUAUCCUGCCGCCUCGCAGCCUCGCGAAGAAGCGAGGCUGCUUGUUGGCUAAAAUAUGGAUAUUAUGGGGGGUCGGACAGUUUUGUAGUCAUAUACCAGCCAUAAACUUGAUUAAUAACUGCAUAUUUUUUCAAGUAACAAGUGGAUAUAUUUUACAAGCAAAAAGUUUUUCCCGAUUUCAAGACGCUUUGAAUUUAGUAGUCUUCUCUCUACUAACAGGUCUCAACCAACUAUUACGCGGCGCUCGCCAAACUUUGGCUGCAGAUGACCUUCAAUAUCGCAGGCUCGAUGUUUAUUCCUUAUGACGUGGUUCGUUACGCAGACACCUUGUGUGCUUUCGCAAAAAACCUGUCGACAACUUACAAUGGCACUUUGAGAGUAAAUAAUAUUACACUGGGUAUGUUUUGUUGAACUCAAAGUUACUUUUAAGGUAUACGAACAUAUUUUGAGAACAAACUAUAAAACAAAACUCCUUGUUCUUUUUAUUAUUAUUAUUAUUAUUAAUGUAACUUUUCACUGAGGAUGUUUUUUUUUUCAUCCAUGAAUUUCAAAUCCAUCUAUUUAUGACGUCUUUUCUACAGAGGUUAUAUUGAAGGCUGCUGAGGAUUUCCAGGCUGCAGCAAAAACAUAUCAGAAAUGCUUAAAUACAGUGGACAAGACAAAGUAAGAAACAGUAAGGGCUGAAGUAUGAAAAACACGAUUAUUGUAAAAGACAUCGAUCUGUUUUAUCGUCCAUAUUUUAAUGACAAAAUUAUAUACAUUUUCCGAACGUUUAACCUUGCGAAAUGAAAUUCAUGGGAAAAAGUAGUUCAUUUCAGUUCGGUUUAUUACUAAAGGGGGCUAUCGUCAAGCGAGUAAUUAUGUUAAGGAAACAACAAAAGGAUGUAGUGGAUAGGGUAGGAUUGUUGUUGUUGUUGUUGUUGUUGUUGUUUAGUAGUAGUAGUUGUAGAUAUUCUGAAGAAUUAUAUUUCCCCGCUACUUGACAUAGGAAAUGUUUUUAGAACACAAAUAUCCCAACAAAAUAAACUCCUCCAUGUUUUCAUCAUUUGUAGUGUUUUACAAGUGCGACUGGCAAAUGAUCACCUUCUUCAGUUGGAGAAAGCAUUUAUAAGUAAAGGAAUGUUUCCUGGCAUGCCAUUCGUUGGGUGAGUACUAUAUCUACUCCUUUUUUGAUAACGUUAUCGCCAGGUGGACCUUUUGCGUCCAACAGUUUUUGUCGGCCAAAAACUUUCUCCAAAGCAGCUAUUAUAAAAACUAAGAGUGCAACCAUUGUUUUUUUUCUUCUCCUCUUUUCCUUCUAGCCGCUCUUUUUUUUUCGUUACUAUGAUUUUGCAGCUUCUCGGGCUCAAGAAACGUGCCUUUUGACGCUUUUUCACACAAAUGGCUGCAAAUUUCGUUAGGUUGGUUUUCAAAAAAUCGGUUAGAUAGAGAAGCUAAAUGUUUAAUUUCGCCUAACGAAGAUAAACUUCGAAAAUGACGGAGUCAUAGUGUCCAUUCUAUAUUACGAUCUGCAAAAUCUUUAUCGUCUCGUGCCUUCUUAUCGGCCUAAGAAAGUUUCAGCUGAGUUUUGGAGUCCGCACAGUUAUAUGUAUACCCCAGAAAAUAAACUUCUGUUUUGCUGACACAUAAGUUAGCCAUAAUGACCUCAUAGGCGGGUUGGGGGCAAGAAAACGAGGGGGGUGCACCGUAAUUUUUAGGGAGUUAUUAUAACUCCAAAAAUGGAGUAAAAAUUUUAGGUACAGGAUAACCCCUUUUUUGGGGUUAUUUUAACUCCUAAUUUAACUCCGAAUUUGGGGUCAUUUUCACUCCUGAAAAAGAGUUCUUUUUACUCCCAGUCUGGAGUUAAAAUUACUCCGGAAUGGGGUUACUUGUACUCCUUACAUGGGUUGUUUUUACUCUUUUUGGAGUUAAUUUAACUCUGAAAGUGGAGUAAAAAAUCUUUUUUCUGGGGUCGCUUUUACUCCUCAAAAAGAGUUCUUUAAACUCCUUUUUGGAGUUAAAGUAACUCCACGAAAAAUAACUCCACUGUAAGGAGUUAAAUUAGCCCCACUAGAGGAGUUAUUAUAACUCCCUGAAAAUUACAGUGCGUUUAAACCUCAAUAAACGCGUUUGUAGCGAGAAACUUUGAACUCACAUGUCCAGACGGUAUCACAUAUUUUUUGGUCGGGCAAUAUUAGGGCACCAAAGAUUCCAACGGACGCCUAAUUACAGUAAUCUGAUGUUAAAACGCUCAGUGUUCUAAACACUGACUCUUAAGGACUUAUAUGCUAGGAGUCUGAUAAAAAAAAAUCAAACGUAUUACAUAAUAAUAAUAAUAAUUCAUAAUAAUAAGGGCAUAAAUUUCGGUUUUUCUUGUGCUUUUUUUUAGACACGUGAUACUUGCGCCGAGUUAUUUCACUGCGGCGACGGACAACACUUUUCCAGGCAUCAUAGAUUCCAUUCGCUUUGCUCAAGAAAGUGGCAUUAAAAAUGACUGGGAGAAAGUUCGACAGCAAAUAUCAGUUGUAGCACAUGCCUUCCGUACAGCCGUUUCAUUUUUACAACCUCCGGAUUUUUAAACAAUGCCAAAGCUGCAUUUGAUCACAGUCAACAAAGGAGCACGAAUUUCCCAGUCAAACCUAUGCUGACAAAUUUCGUGGCAGAAAUAGACAGUUUGUAGCAUAUUUAGCUGUGUCAAAAGUAUGUUAUCACGACUGAAGUCGUUUUGCAAGAAAAAAGAGUUACAAUGGUGCAGACACUGUCACACAUUUGUGUGCUGCAUGACCGCCAGCCAAGCUAGCCGUGGUUAGAGGGGUUUCAAGGUUAAACGUCUUUUAUUUGUAUACUUUUCACGUCAUGUGUGCAAAAUUGCAACAUUAUCUAGAAAAAAGAACAGAAUCCAGGAAAACAUGAGCCUAUAAAGUAAUACGCGAUAAUAUUCUAGACAAAGGAC